AUUACUCGUUAUUUCAACGCAAUUUGCAGUGUCAAAUAUGUUCAGGUUUUACGGGCAAGGAAUCAGAAGUGACAACCUGUACAGGCGAUGAGCCUGUAUGUGAAAAUAAGAUAACGAUGAAUGGUGUUACACUGGAGUUUGAAAAAUCCUGCAGCACAUACAGAAAAUGUCUUGCAGCUCUGAGAAACAAUAUCUUUCCAUGCAAUAAAUGGACCAGUGGCGCUUCUUGUGUUAGUUGUUGCACCGGAAACUUAUGUAACAGGAACCAUUCCAUUGAGUUUUGUAAAGAAAACACAACCUCAACAAGCAAUGAUACUUUCUAUUGGCCAAAUACAAAAAUAGGAACUGAUGUGACGAUCCCAUGUCAUGCAAAUGUAGCAACGAGACACUGUUCCUCCGGAAAUGUGGCACAAUUAGAAAUGCCAACAAAUCAGUAUGGCACAUCACGAAAAUGUUCACCAUUCACUGGCGUCUGGCAAGAACCAGACAUGUCUCAAUGUUACAAUACAGAGAGGAUCACCCAACAACUAAAGAACAUCACAAUCGUAGACAUUGGUAAAGAAAAUGUUGAGCAGGUUUCAACAAUACUCAGCGAUAUUUCAAAGAAAUCAGUUUAUUUCAAAGCAGAAGAUAUUGACUUGGCUGUUGAUAUUCAAGAGAAAAUGCUGCCAUUGAUAUCGAAUGUGUCCGCCGAAAUAGUACUAAAGAAUAUACUUCUUAGUAUCAACAAUAUGAUAGACACACCGGAAGAGAUUUUGGUUGAAGCAGAACAAUCAAAUGGAACUGGGAGCAGAAUGCUGGACAUUAUAGAAGCAAUCCUGGAAGAGAUUCCACUGGAAGGGCAGCAACUCACAGCUUUAUAUUCUAAUCUUGGUAUUGGUGUUAUCAAAAUGGAGAAGGACACGUUCAAUGGGGCUGUCUAUGGUAUUUCAUUUGGAAAUAAUAGAACUGAAGCUAUGAUAACGGUAUAAUACUUUCUCAUGAUUACUCCC